AUGGAGGAGAUGCAGAGAGCCAUGCAGCAGCUGAGCCUCAGGCUCCAGCAGCAGGAGCGAGAGAUGAAGCAGCUGCAGGAGGACAGGCAGAGGAUGCAGGAAGAGCUGGAGCGUUCGCGGGAGGCACCGCAGCGCCAUGGAGGACAGCAGCCGCACUCCGUGGUCGACACGCGCGUGCUCAGCAAGCCCGAGAGCUACGCUGGCGAUCCGUCGAGGUUCGCGGAUUGGAGCUUCAAGAUGCGCGCGUACCUCGGGGCGGUGGACGAGCGCUACCAGCAUCUCAUCGAGAAGACGGAGAUGGCGACGGAGCCGCUGAAGAACGCGACGAUGGAGCCAGACGAGGCGCGGCUCAGCACCCAGUUGUACUACAUCCUCGUGCUGACGACGUCGGGGCCAGCGUUGACCAAGUGCCACAACGCUGGAGUCAACGAAGGCUUCGAAGCGUGGCGGCAGUUCGUGCUCGAGUGGGAGCCGCGUCUUCGGACAAGAUUCGUGGGCCUGCUGAUGCAGCUGAUGUCGUACCGGUUUCGCGACGACAUUCCGAGCGCAUUGGCGGCAUUCGAGCGGCUCGUGCACGACUACGAGUCCCAGAGCCAGAAGACGGUCGACGACGACACCAAGAUCGGCGUGGCGCUGUUGGGGAUGGAGAACGAGCGCGUGAAGGAGCACCUGAUUCGAAACAGCAGCAGGAUCACGACGUGGCAGCACGUGAGGGACGAGAUCUUGGAGAUCACGAGGACGCAGCAGUACAUCGACUCGCAGCCCGCGCCGAUGCAGCUCGGGGCGACGCCCUGGAAUGCCGGAAAGCCCAAAGGCGGCAAGAGCAAGGAAGGCAAAGGCAAGGAAGGCAAGGGGAAGGACUCAAAAGGAAAAGGCAGCAAGGCCAAGAAGGGCGCCGAGGAGGCGUCGAACGCGAACAGGGACAAGGUGUGCUUCUACUGCAAGAAGACGGGGCACGUCAAGGCGGAGUGCCGGAAGAGGCAAAAGGACCUCGCGGCAGCAGAGGGCUCAAGGAGGCCAUUGCACGCGACGCCAGCUCUGGUGAGGGACGGCCACACGGACACGUUCAUUUUGGCACUGCCCGAAGCGGAGAAGCGCGGAUCCGUGUGGCGCCCUGCCAGCAGCGUCGAGGAGCGCACGAGGACGAGCGAGGUCAGCCAGCGCGAGGCUGAGGGGUUCGACCCGAACGCCGAGCCCGACGCGAGCGUGCGACCAGUCAAGCUUGCGACGGCUACGAACGACCCCGUGCACGGGGCGAGCGGGAAGCGAUCGAGGUUCGAGCUGGAAGGCGGGCGACAGGUGAGCGUGAGGUACAACGAGGCCGACGUGAAGUUCCCGAUCGUGAGCGUCGGCGAGGCGGCAUCGCAGGGGAAUUGGUUCCUGUUCGGGCCAGGCUGCCAAGCGAUGCUCCCAGGGACGAUGGCGAGCGAGCUGCGGCAGGCAGCACGGCAAUCAGAGGCUGUUCAGCUGGAGAUGCAUCGGGGGGUGUACUGGCUCCCGUGCGCGGCGCCGGGAGCAGACAAGCACGAGACACCACUCUGCGCGACGCGAGCCGCGGCGGUGGUCGAGACCGCUCCGACGAUGUCUUCCAGUAGCGCGGCUGGCCCCUCGGACGCGGGUGGCCCCGCUCCGAUGGCCGAGGGGCCGGCGGCGACGCCAGCGUUACGACGAAUUCCCGGUUCUUUUCCGACAGCUGUGAGCUCGGGCGCGGGCAGCCCCGCCCCGGCGCAGCUGGAGGAGAGCGAGGCGUCGCGCGUCGCGAUCAGCAAACGCCUCCCUCCCACGGUGAGCCGCCAGGAGUUCGACGAGCACCAGCUGACGCACUUGCCUUUCCGCUCGUGGUGCGACCACUGCGUGCGAGGCAAGGCAAGUGACGAUGCCCACCGGGCGAGGAACGAAGCAGAGAAGGGGGCGCCCAGAUGGUCCAUGGACUAUUUCUUCCUGGCCAGGGCGGACGAUCCCCAGCAGGCGAAGCCGGUGCUCUGCUGCCUUGACUCUCUGAGCGGCGCGGUCUUCGCUGCGAUGGUGCACAAGGGUGGCGACCGCUACGCGCUCGCCGUCAACCAAGAGGCCCUGAGGUUCACGGGCAGGACGAGCAUCAUCAUUCUGAGCGACCAGGAGAAUGCAGUGAAGAAGCUGGUCAACCUUGUGCGCGAGGAGCGUGUCCAUGACACCGUCGUGCUCAACGCGCCGAAGGGGUCGAGUGCCAGCGCGGGCGGCAUCGAGCGUGCCAACUACGAGGUCGAAAAGCAGGUGCGGACGAUGAGGUCCAGGAUCGAACAGGUGUACGGCAUCAAGGUGGACCUCGACCACAAGCUCCUCCCCUUCCUCGUCCGUCAUGCCGCGUGGCUGAUCACGCACUACCAGGUGAAGGUCGACGGCAAGACGCCGUACGAGCGGCUGCGCGGACGGCCAUACAAGGGCCAGAUCGCCGAGUUCGGUGAGGUGGUGCAUUGCAGGGGCCCCCAGAAGGCCGCCGACAUGCCCAAGCUCGAUGACAGAUGGCGGCUGGGCGUGUGGCUCGGCAAGAGCCUGGCGAGCGACGAGCACUACGUCGGCAGUGCGGCCGGCGUGCAGAGGUGCAGGUCGAUCUGGAGGCGGCCGGAGCCGAGCCGCUGGGACAAGAGGCUGCUGGAGGCCAUGGCUGGAGAGCCAUGGGACCCGAAGGCGGGGGUCAGCCUGGAGAAGGCACCGAUGCCGAGGGGAGUGUACAUUACCCUGGACCGCCAGAUUAAGUACGGCGGGGCGAAGGGCUGCCCCGCGUGCUUCGGAGACGCCAAGAUCCAUUCAGCAGAGUGCCGUGCCAGGUUCCAGGACCUCGUGGACCGGGGCGCGGCGGCUCGCGCGCAGCCAGCGGGAAGCACCGCGGCGGCCGACACCGCGGCCGGGAUGGAGGUCAGCGCAGCAAGGGGUGACGGGCGGCUCGCGCUGGGAGCGGGUAGGCCCGCCGUGGCUGAGCCGCAGGACGAGCCCAUGGGCGAGGUAGCGGAAGAUUUGCCUGGGGCUCGGAAGCGCCAGAAGAUCCUGGCGGGUCUCCCAACGCUGCACGACCAGGAGCCGCAGGCAGAGGAGAUGCUUGAGACGCUUCCUCUGCUGGCAGCGCUGCCCGACGACGCAGAGUGGCAGGAGCAGCUCUUGGACUGGGAGCGCGAUUACUAUGGCACUAAGAGCGGGAAGCUGCUGAACAAGCAGAAGGUCUAUGAGGGCAGGCGCCGAGAGCUGGACAACAUGCAGCGCCUGGAGGUCAAGGAGCCCAUCCUGCUGUCGGAGGCGCGUGCUCAGGGCUUGGAGGUCGUCUACUCCAAGUGGCUGGACGACGAGAAGGCCACGCCGGAGGACCCUGACGCAGUCAGAUCACGGCUGGUGGCCACACAGGUCAACACCUACGGCAGGGAGGACGUGACCCAGGCGACGCCGCCGAUCAUGACCACUAGGCUUUUGGUCAGCAUGGCGGCGACGAAGACGAAUGCGAGAGGAGAGCACGACUGGCUGAUCGGCCGGCAUGACAUCAGGGUGGCGUUCUUCCAUGCAGCUGGCUCGGGGCGAGUGGUCAUCGUACCACCUCGAGGGCUCGCGCCGCCGGGUGUUGCUUGGAGGGCCCUGAAGGCAUGGUACGGCACGCGCGAGGCCAGCAAGUGCUGGGGGAACGAGGUCACGGACACCAUGCAACGCGAGGGGGCCAAGCAGGUAAUGGUGGUCCCAAUGAUGUUCUUCUCAGACUCCUUCGACUACGUGACGAACUGCCAUGGCGACGACUUCCUUUCAGCAGGGACGGCGGCGGCACUCGACGAGGUGGAUCGGAUCCUGGACGAGCACUUCGACACGAAGAGGCUGCCGCGCAUAGGACCGCCAGCUCACGGCGGCGAAGCAGCCGAGGGGCAGCAUCUUGGACGCAUUAUCCGGUGGACGCCGAGUGGUUUCGAGUAUGAGGCGAACCCCAAGCACGCCGAGGACUUGUGCCGCCUGGCGGGACUGCAACCGGCAUCGAAGGGAGCACCGACGCCAGCGACCAAGAGCACGGCGAAGGGCCGGCGCGACCAGGACGACGAGCUGAGCGACGAGGAGGUUAAGACGAGCUUCAGGCAGGGUGCAGGGACCGCACUGUAUAUGUCCAUCGACCGGCCGACCAUACAGUUUGCCACGUCGCAGGUGAUGGCCGGCAUGAGCAAGCCGAAGGUCGUCAAUCAGCUGCAGUUGCACAGGCUGGCGAGGUACGUCAAGCAUGGCUUUGCUGGCAACGCGAUCGUGAAGCUGCUCGUCAGGGUGGCCAGGCACCCGGCCACGGAGGGGCAGCCACAGUUCCGGGAAACCCUCGCGACGGUUGCGGGUAGCACCGCACGGUGCGGGGAGGUGAAGGUAAGGGCUUCUCUGGGUGCGGGUGGCACCGCCCCAAUGGAGGUGGAGACCCAUAGGGCUGGUGAUGCGGGUAGCCCCGCUCCCGGCAAGGUUAAAGUUCGAUCAGUGGAUGCGGGUAGCUCCGCUCCCUAA